CGGCGAGACACAAGAUCCAGACAAUUCGAUCUCUCCAGUACUGGCUGGGAAUGCCCCUCAUACGUAGUAAGCACAUGCGCUGAUCUAGGACCCACAGGUUGUCGACACUUCGCUUUCGCUGUCUUGCUUUCCUCCUUCUUCAUUCCUACUUAUGAGAAUCUCACUAUCUAUUGAAAUAUUUGAUUGUUCCAAUUGAUUGCGCAGAUACCGUCGCCAUAUCAAUCUCUUCUGAGUCUUACUGAACCGCUCCGUUUUCUUUCCGAACAGAACUUUGAGCAAUCAUGAAGGUUUUCGCAGUCGCUGGGAGCUUGAUUGCUUUUGCUGCUGCUCAUGGCCACGGUGAUGAUCAUGAACUUCCAAUGGAGGGACCGCACAAGGGUUUGUGGUAUAAUACCUUGCCGGGUGAUGGCGGCAAACAGGCAGAUUCAGUCUUCUCUGGAAUCUCAACUUUCGGCCGCCUCGACUACCAACCCUGCCUGAAUACCGACAGGGCCAAGUACGACAUAGCAUUCAUCGGCGCUCCCUUCGACACUGGCACUUCGUACCGUCCUGGUGCUCGCUUUGGCCCAUCUGGAAUCAGGCAAGGUUCUCGGCGCCUCAAUCUUUACGGAGGCUACAAUGUCCCAAUGGAAGCCAACCCAUUCAACAGCUGGGCCAAGGUUUUGGAUUGCGGAGACAUUCCUGUGACCUCGUACGACAACGCAUAUGCGCUCAAGCAGAUUGAAGAGGGCCAUCACUCUAUCCUCUCCCGCGCUCCAGCUACACAUGCGAACGAGAUGGGACCAUCCAAGCAUGGAAAGACUCUUCCUCGUGUGAUCACCCUGGGUGGUGACCAUACUAUCACUUUGCCCCUGCUGAGGAGCAUCAACAAGGAGUACGGUCCUGUUAGCGUUAUUCACUUCGACAGCCAUCUCGACACGUGGAAGCCAACUGUCUUCGGUGGAGCACCCUCGUCUCAAGCCUCCAUCAACCAUGGUACUUACUUCUUCCACGCCGCUCAGGAGGGUCUUCUCCGUAAUGACUCCAAUAUCCACGCUGGUAUCCGAACCACACUCUCUGGCCCGUCCGAUUACGAAAACGAUGGCUACUGUGGUUUCCAGAUCGUCGAGGCUCGCGAGAUCGAUAAGAUCGGCACCGAAGGCAUCAUCCAGAAGAUCCGCGAGCGCGUUGGCACCAAGAACCCGGUUUAUCUGAGCAUCGACAUCGACACCCUCGAUCCCGCUUUCGCCCCGGCCACGGGUACCCCGGAAACCGGGGGCUGGAGCACGAGGGAGUUAAGGACCAUCGUCCGGGGUUUGGAGGGCAUCAACCUCAUCGGUGCGGAUAUCGUCGAGGUAGCGCCCGCGUAUGACACAAACGCAGAGCUGACCACCAUGGCUGCUGCGGAUGUGCUUUACGAGGUUAUGACCAUUAUGGUCAAGAGAGGUCCCUUGAGCAUGAUGGACUGGGAGGAGGGCACAAACGUCGAGACUGUGGACUCUGGCAGGAUCAAUGUAGAAUUGUAAAUCAGGGUCGGAUGUAACCGAUUGGGAUAGCCUAGGAGAUGGAGGAAAGAAGAGAGAAGGAUGCAACACUAAGUUAGCCAUGUUGGUGCUGGAAAUCUGUUGAUAACAUCGAUCUGGUAACGAAGGCGUUGCAACUAACGGGAAAAUCUCAGAU